AUCCUUCUUAUACACGCGAACACCACUGCGAUGUGCUAAAUAUUACGUUACAUGUAUUGAAUGUUACCAGUACUAGCAUUUUCACCUGCAAUAUAUUUCUGGUCGUUAGGAGGGCGCUUUUGAGCCACUAAAAUCGUACCUCUUUUCAUAUGGCUUACACACUUGUAGUAAUGUGUUUAGGAACGACAUAUACUGUUGUCAAAGCGUUACAUUUUACUGCUCAUUCGUGUAUGAAUAUGAAAUGUUCUGGACAUUUUUGUCAUAUGCGAUUUUUGUCAGUGUGUCCGCCUGUUUCCUGACCUGCAAUAUAUUUCUGAUCGUUAGGAGGGCGCUUUUGAUCCAUUGUGUGAAUGUUGUCGCAUUUUCAAUAUCAUGAACAUUGAAAAACGUUCCACCAUGACCCUGACGGGAAGGGGGGAACUCUGCCAUUUCUUCGUCGGCAGCAGGGUCAUGCCUCCUCGUAAUGUAGAGCUCGCAGACUCGUCGUCCGAUCGAAUCGCGCCUAAUGUGAGGGGGGUAUAAGGAUCGUCCCUCGGAUAGGACGUUAUUUAGAGGAGAGCGCGUACAAGAACCCACCACACUUAUCGAAAACAGUAGUAGUGGAUAAUAUUGUUGUAUAGUCUUACAGGUAUAGGAUACAUAAUAUUCAGCAAGUUAAAGUUGGUAGCCUAAAAAAAAAGAAGAAUGCUCUUGCUAACACAACUUAGCCUAACGCGUGUUUGUAAUUUCCCGCAAAAACUAAGCCCCGAUCAGAUUCAAACUUUCGACCAAUCACAAUACAAAACGUCAUUCCCUUGAGUGACAGAAAACAAAACGUGCCGAAAAUUCAUGAUGAGGCAGCUACAAUGCAAUUGCUUGUUUUAUAUAUAAACAAUAAACAAAAUGUAGAUAAUAUUCUGUGCGUUUUGAGUCACAAUGUAUCUUUUUUUCUCGGAUAUAUGUUACUCAAAUUGUAUCCUAAAAUGCUCAGAUGCUUACAUUUUCUAGCCACACAGCGCUAACGUCUGUAAAACUUCUACAAUUUCACGUUGGAAUACAGCAAACGAUAAAUAAUUUGACACAGCCCUAUCGGAGCCCUGCUUUGCGUGUGAACGCGCACAACACACAAGACCGGCGCCAUUGUAUUUACUUUCUCAUCGAACGUUGGGAUGGUGAACUCGUCACAAGGAGAAACCGCGACGUACAGAACUUCUUCAAAACGUUUUGCUUUUGGUCUUUCCCCUUACGAAGAGUCGAUAUGUUAGACUACAAAGUCUAAAGCUGACCUGAAAGUUGUGAAAAACAGGAGAUUUGUGAAACUUGGCGGCCUGGACUGUUGCAGUGUUUGGUAGGCGUGGCGGUUUUUUCUCACACUUGGAAAGUUUCACUCUCCCGUCCAGAGACUCUCCAACAUGGCGAGAUUUGUGAAGACGUUUGUGUUGGUUCUCCUUAUGUUUGCUGCUUCUCAAGCCUUAAAGAUGUCUGGGACACAAGCAAGACGGGCGAAAAGGGCAGAAAGCGUGGAGGGAAGUGAAAGAACUGCGGUGGAGAUAGUGGUUGGAAACACCGGGCGGAACACGAGUUAUCCUCGGGACGAGGCGACGGGAGCGCCGAGGAGUGUGGACAGUCGUCUCGGUGUAAACCCAGGAGCAGAGACGGAGCACACACGGGCUCAGCGUACAGCCAGCCGCGCACACAAAGCUGUUGAGGGUGCCUGUGUCCGAGGCCGUUGCGUACGGGGUGGUACCGGGAGGAGGCCGCGGUGCCCUCGGCGCAGGUCGCGCCCCGGCCCGCCCGUGGUUCACCUGUACAUGCGGUACCUGACGUGGCGGAGUAACUGGCAGCUGGUUAACUGGAGAAGAGGCAUGGGGAACUUCAAGUUCAAGGUCAACUGCCAUGUCUCCAAGGUCAACGUCAUCCGUGAGUCGGAGCUGCACCAGGUGCUGACCUUCAGCACGACCUUCCAGAAGGCGGUGAGGAGGGGCACGCUGCAGCCGCCGUACCGCCUGGUCCUGCUGAAGGUCGUACAGAGGUCAGGGGUCAGGACACAUCGCCACCUCACCAGCAAGACGGUGUUCGGUAACGAGACGGCUCCGUGGGUCAUCUUCAACAUCUCCCGCCUGGUCCAGACGUGGCGCUCCUCCUCCCGCCUCAAGCACAGCCUCCGCCUCACCGUCGUCUCCAUGGCAACCGGGCUGCAGGUGGGCCAGCGCAUCACGAAGCGGCUCCUUGACACGAGGCGAGAGGCGACCUUGCUCGCCGCGUACGUGCGGGAGGGAGAGAGGAAGGAAGACGUGUUUCCGGAUCGCUCCGGAACCGAGCCCAGACAAACGCCGAGACAAACGUGGAAGGAGGGAAGGUCAAGGUCAUCUCUGCGACCUCUGCAGGACCGCGCCGCGUCUCUUGCCGUGCUGCAGCGGGUGUUGCUAGGCAACAAUACCGGGCAUGACACGUCUGGCGAAGAAAAGCCCCGGGGUCCUGAGCUGCUGAGAGACUGGCUGGCGUAUCGCGGGAGGAAGCAGUCACGACACAAUGACACAGGUUCAGAGGGCAGAGGUCGCAGGCAGGUCGGAGAGUGUCAUCGCCAUGACUACCACGGGGUAUUUGAUGACAUCAUCCUGCCGGAGUUCAUCCUGCAGCCCCCGCGGUUUAACGCGUACCGCUGCGGCAGCGCCUGCACCCGGCCAUUCCCGACGCACAUGAACGCGACGAACCACGCCAUGCUGAUGUCGCUGCUGCACGAGAGGACCCCCCACGAAGUUCCCGCGCCCUGCUGCGUCCCGCUGGCAUACUCUGCGAUCUCCGUCAUGGAGCAGCACGGAGACAACAUCGUGGUGAAGCCGUACCCCAACAUGCGCGUGGAGACCUGCGGCUGUAGGUGAACUCACUCACUAUCCAUAGCAGGAAUAGGAAAAACAAGAAAACAGAUGAAAAAGGUGCAGCACAGGAACUGCGAGAAAUUUCUGACUGCAAGUGAAUAUGGUAAA